AAAGUUUAAGCUUUUACCAAGUGAAUUCACACUCAAAUAUAUCAAGCAAUAUCCUCCCAUGAUCUAUGCAAUACCUCCACCCAAGACGACCUCCAUGACUCCAACCAUGAAAGACAUACCACACUGCUUCGCAUCUGCAUGUGCCUUCUGGCCAUCGUCUUUAACGUUUCUAAUUCUUGUGCUCUCAUGUCCUCCCAUAUCCACCUUGAAUUCAAGCAACGAGAACAUCGAUCGCCUCGCGCUCCUGUCCUUCAAGUCCCUCGUGUCCGAUCCAAUCCGAGCAUUGGCCUCCUGGAACGAUGAAUCCCUCCAUUUCUGCCGGUGGCGAGGUGUGACAUGCCGCAACCAGAGUCAUCUGCCGAGGGUCACAGCUUUGGAACUGGAGUCUCUCGAUUUGGCCAGUAAGAUCUCUCCAUCUCUAGCCAACCUCACCUUCCUCCGGAGGCUCCACCUCGCCGACAACCGACUUCACGGUCCCAUCCCGCAGGAGCUCGGCCUGCUUUCCCAUCUUCAACGUCUAAACCUGAGCUCCAACGCUCUAAGAGGAGCCAUCCCACACAACCUUGGCCGCUGCUCAGAACUACAAUAUAUGGAUUUGUCAAACAAUCUCCUCGAAGGAGAGAUUCCCAAUGAUCUCGGUGCCUUGUCAAAGCUGAAAAUUCUCUACCUCGGGGGCAACCAUCUUACAGGAAGCAUUCCUACGGAUAUAGGGAAUCUCGUCAGUCUAAGAGAACUUUAUUUGCAUGAAAACCAACUCAUCGGUUCUAUCCCAUCUGAGAUCGGAAACAUGACAAGUUUGACGACUCUUUCUUUGGCUAUCAACCAGCUUUCAGGAUCUGUUCCUCUAGAGAUCGGGAAGCUUGUCAGGCUUGAAGAACUUUUCUUGGAUGUUAACCAACUCACUGGCACUGUUCCUACUUCAAUAGGGAACCUCACUUCUCUUGUUUUACUUGCACUCUCACAGAAUCAACUUACAGGCGUCAUCCCACACAAUCUUAGCCAUUGCUCCGAACUACAAUACAUUUACCUGGGAAAUAAUACACUUGAAGGAGAGAUUCCUAGUGAUAUCGGUUCUUUGUCAAAUCUGAAGCUUCUCGCACUCGGGGUCAACCACCUCAGAGGAAGCAUACCUCCAGAAAUUGGGAACCUUGCGAAUUUGAUUACUCUCGAUUUGUCAAGCAACAACCUCGAACAUUCUAUUCCUCCGGAGAUCGGGAAUCUCGUCAGUCUAAGAAAACUUAUUUUGCAUGAAAACCAACUCACGGGCAAAAUCCCAUUGGAGAUUGGAAACCUUUCGAAUCUGACUAUUCUUGACUUGCCUCGGAAUAAGCUUUCGGGAUCUGUUCCUUCAGAGAUUGGGAACCUUGUCAGACUCGUACAACUUUACUUGGAUAGCAACCAAAUCACCGGCGUCAUUCCUGCCUCGAUAGGGAACUUGACGUCUCUUAUUUUGCUUGAUCUCUCGUAUAAUCAACUUGUAGGAGACAUCCCACCCGACCUUAGUCACUGUUCAGAACUACAAUAUGUUUAUUUGGGAAAUAAUACACUUGAAGGAAAGAUUCCGAGCGAUAUUAGUUCCUUGACAAAGUUGAAAUUUCUCUACUUAGCGUACAACCGUCUCACAGGAAGCAUUCCUCCAGAAAUUGGAAACCUUGGGAAUUUGUCUGUUCUUAGUUUGUUUAGCAACCGUCUCACAGGAAGCAUUCCUUCAGAAAUUGGAAGCCUUGUGAAUUUGAAUGAUCUCAGUUUGUAUAGCAACAAACUUGAAGGCCCUGUUCCACGGGGGAUCGGGAAUCUUGUCAGACUAAGUAUACUUCUUUUGCAUGAUAACCAACUCACUGGAAUUAUACCAUCUGAGAUUGGAAACCUCGUGAAUCUAACUUUUCUCGAUUUACUGUCCAAUGGCUUUGUGGGCCCAGUUCCUGCAGCGAUCGGAAACCUCACUUCCCUCACUUAUCUUGGACUGUCAUUCAACAAUCUUGGAGGGGUCAUCCCACCCUCCAUUUGGAACCUCUCCUCUCUCAGAACCUUAGAGCUCCAGAGCAACCACUUUACCGGGUCUAUUCCGCGGGAUAUGGGAAUCACACUUCCCCUUCUUGAAGCACUACACAUCAACGACAACCAGUUUUACGGGCCUCUUCCAAUUUCACUGUCCAAUGCUACCAACCUCAUCGAAAUUCAACUAUAUAAGAACAGAUUCACAGGCACCAUACCCAGAGGUUUGGGAUCCUUACAGAAGGUAUAUCACUUUGAUCUUUGUUAUAAUCAGCUAGAAGCAAGGAAUGCUGUCGAAUGGGGCUUCCUGGAUGAUUUAGCCAACUGUAGCAGCCUGAAAUAUUUGCAAAUAACAAGCAACAAGCUCGGAGGCUUCCUGCCACGAUCGAUCGUCAAUUUUUCUACAACCCUGGAAUGGUUUGAAAUCGACGACAACCACAUAGCCGGAAGCAUUCCGGCAGAGAUCGGCAACCUGGUUUCUUUGACCUUGGUUCGGAUGAACUCGAACCUUUUCACUGGAGAAAUCCCAGCAACCCUUGGCCAUCUAACUCAGCUAUUCGAACUCCGCCUGCAUUCGAAUCAACUGCAAGGAUCCUUACCUCCGAGCCUUGGAAACUGCCCUCUGAAUCUCUUGGAUCUUUCAGUCAACAAGUUAAAUGGCACAGUGCCGAAAGAAAUUAUGGCCAUCCCCACCCUCACCAGGUUACUUAAUGUAUCUUACAAUUCAUUGGAAGGAUCUCUGCCAUUUGAAGUUGGAAAACUAAAAAAUAUUGGUGAAUUCGACAUCUCUGGCAACAGACUAUCAGGUACAAUUCCAAGAACCCUUGGUGACUGUCAACAACUCGACAGUCUUGACAUGGCAGGGAAUUCAUUCCAGGGAUCAAUCCCUUCGUCAUUUAGCCAGCUGAAGGGGCUCCAAUCGCUGGAUCUUUCAAGAAACAACUUGUCCGGGCUCAUACCAGAAUUUCUUGGGAAUUUUAAGUUCUUGAGCUAUCUGAAUCUCUCAUUCAACAAUUUUGAGGGUGAGCUUCCAAAACAUGGCAUCUUCACAAACCUCAGUGCGUUCUCUGUGCUUGGAAAUAGUAAGCUUUGUGGGGGUGUCCAAGCUCUGAACCUGCCUCCCUGCCCCACCCGGUCAUCACAUUUAUCCCGGAAGCUGGUAGCCGCGAUCUCAGUUGCCGGGGGAAUAAUAUGCCUAAUCUUUCUCCUCGCUUUGUUUGGCAUUCAUCGUUGGAUACGUAAGUCGAAGAAGGAACCUCGUGCCGCAGACAACAGAAUGGUUCCACAUAUGAUGGUCACAUAUGCCGAGUUGCUAAGAGCUACAGAUGGUUUCUCUUCUGCUAAUCUCAUCGGCGUGGGAAGUUUUGGUUCGGUGUACAAAGGGUUACUCAAUUACGAGGAAUACCAACUUGUUGCUGUCAAGGUACUCGACCUCCAACAGAGAGGAGCUUCAAGGAGCUUCGUUGCUGAAUGCGAAGCGCUGAGAAAUGUCCGGCAUCGGAACCUCGUCAAGAUUUUAACAGUUUGCACAAGUACAGAUUACCGGGGAAAUGAUUUCAAAGCUUUGCUUUAUGAGUUCAUGCCGAAUGGGAGCUUAGAGAAGUGGGUGCAUCCAGAAGCAAACGAGCAAGGUCAGACGCGGGCGUUAAGCCUCAUCAAAAGGUUAAAUAUAUUGAUCGAUGUGGCCUCCGCAUUAGAUUACCUCCACCACCAUGGGCCAGAGCCGAUUGUCCACUGCGACAUAAAGCCAAGCAAUGUUCUUUUGGACCAUGACAUGGUAGCUCAUGUUGGAGACUUUGGAUUGGCGAGGUUCCUCAACAGCAGCCCCGUUGAAGCAUCUCAAAGAUCUUCUACCUCCAUGAUAUUCAAGGGGUCCAUCGGUUACGUUGCUCCAGAGUAUGGAGUGGCCAACAAAGUUUCGGUCGAAGGGGAUGUCUAUAGUUACGGGAUACUUCUGCUGGAAACACUCACGGGGAAGAGGCCUACUGGAGAAAGUUUCAGGGACGGUCUCAGCCUUCCUCGAUAUGUGGAGAUGGCACUCCCGGAGCGGGUCUCCGAAAUCAUCGAUCCAAACCUGCUCCUGGAGGAGGAGGGUGAAGAACCUAAUGAAUGCACUCGAGACAGAGCAAUGGAGUGCCUGGCGUUGUCACUCAAGAUUGGCAUCAGGUGCGCCAAGGAAUCACCACCCGAGCGAAUGCAGCUGGUGGAUGCCGUCAACGAAUUAACUGCAAUCAGGAACGCGUAUUUGGAGCUUAGUAAACAGGGUAAGAGAACCCAACUCAGAGACGAGGAUCCGGUUCUAGAUUAAACUGUUUCUGAAGCCAAAUCCAGCAGUAGCGAAGGCAAGUUCAUGGAAGCAGCUUUGCUAGAUUUGUCAUCUGUGCCAAUCGAUAUCUUUCUGGAUAAUAAACUUCCAUUUCCCUUGGAAGGCAUCAGCAUCAACAACGUCUACUGUAAUUGCUUCCAAGUUUUGAGUUAUGCGAUGUUCAGUGACAAUCUUGAAAACCAAAAGAACACAGUUCUUAAGGCAUAAAAUGGUAGUGACGUCUUUUUCUUUCUUCUGUUCGUUGCCAUUUAUCUGAGCAAAACGCAGAAGAAGGAAUAAAAAUUAUUCCGGUGAUUUUCCAAUAUCGUUGACUCUACUUGAGAAAUCAUGAUCGAUGUCCUAUUUUCUUACCA